CAAAGAUGGAUUUGUUUCUCAUUUUAAUAUAAGAACAAUUCCAUAGUGGAGUAUUGUGUGUGAUGAAGUUGUGUUUGUAAAUUAGUUUCCAGUACAACAACACUUGCUGGUAGGGAUGGGUACUGUUCACUUCUAAUUCCAUGUUUUAUGUGUUAUAUAUGUCAAUAUAUUGUGUGUUUGUAUUUUGCCAACAUGGUAGAAUCACAUGGGGCUUCACGGUGGAAGAGGGGUUAGUGCGUCUGCCUCACAAUAUGAAGUUCCUGCAGUCCUGGGUUCAAAUCCAGGCUCGGGAUCUUUCUGUGUGGAGUUUGCAUGUUCUCCCCGUGACUGCGUGGGUUCCCUCCGGGUACUCCGGCUUCCUCCCACCUCCAAAGACAUGCACCUGGGGAUAGGUUGAUUGGCAACACUAAAUGGUCCCUAGUGUGUGAAUGUGAGUGUGAAUGUUGUCUGUCUAUCUGUGUUGGCCCUGUGAUGAGGUGGCGACUUGUCCAGGGUGUACCCUGCCUUCCGCCCGAUUGUAGCUGAGAUAGGCGCCAGCGCCCCCCGCGACCCCGAAAGGGAAUAAGCGGUAGAAAAUGGAUGGAUGGAUGGAGGAUCCACAGCCCCCCCACAUGAAAGAGGAAGAGGAGGAAGUGUGGAUCAGUCAGGAGGGAGAGUGUCCUGUAGGGCAGGAGGAGGCUGAUGUCAGCAAGUUUCCACUGACUGUUGUCUCUGUGAAGACUGAAGAGCAUGAAGACAAACCACCUGAGUCCUCACAGCUUCAUCACAGUCCAAAUGUCUGUGGAGAACAACGUCUGCCUGAAAAAAAGGAGAGUAGCUUCAGGAUGGUGAAGGAGAAUCCUUCAAAGAGGAAGACCAGGCGCCACGGACCCUCUGGCGUCUCCUUUUCCUCUUUGACACAGACCCUUCCCUGUAAAAAGGAAGAGGAAGACUCACUGACGCCCCACAUUAAAGAGGAAGAGGAGGAACACAACAUCACUCAAGAGGGAGAUCAUCUUGAAGGACUGGAGGAGUUCCCAGUGACUGGUGUCCCUGUGAAGAGUGAAGAUGAUGAGGUGAAAGGUGAAAGUGAGGAGAGGGGAGGGGGGGAGCCUCCAAGCAGCAGCUCAACACAACACAUGACAACAGAAGCUGAUGGAGACCACUGUGGAGGAUCACAAGCAGACAAGCUCUUAGCUCCACUAUCAGAUAGUGAGGACACAACGUCACACUCUCCUGACACUGAUGAUGAAGACUCUAAAGAUGAUAAGACAUGUCACACUGACAACACUCACUUCACAUCUUCUCACUGUCACAAAACCUUUAAAUACCAUAGUCAUCUGAAAAGACACAUGAGAACACACACUGGUGAAAAAGCUUUUAUCUGUUCAGUCUGUGGUAAACAUUUUGUCCGAAGUCACAAUGUGAAAGUACACAUGAGAACACACACUGGUGAAAAACCUUUUCCCUGUUCAACCUGUGGUAAAGGUUUUACACAAAAUCAAUAUUUGAAAGUACACAUGAGAACACACACUGGUGAAAAAACUUUUUCUUGUUCAAUCUGUGGUAAAGGUUUUAUACAAAGUCAAUAUUUGAAAGUGCACAUGAGAACGCACACUGGAGAAAAACCUUUUCCCUGUUCAACCUGUGGUAAAGGUUUUACACAAAAUCAAUAUUUGAAAGUACACAUGAGAACACACACUGGUGAAAAACCUUUUUCCUGUUCAAUCUGUGGUAAAGGUUUUGUACAAAGUAACAGUUUGAAAGUACACACUAGAACACACACUGGUGAAAAAUCACAUUCUUGUUCAAUCUGCAACAGAAGCUUUUGUGACCGAUCAAACCUUUUAGCACACAUGAGAAGACACCCAGGAGAGAAAGUGUUGAGUUGCAGUGUGUGUGGUGAAAGAUUGUCUUCUAAGUACCAGUGUAAGAAACACAAGUGUGCUGGUGAGAACAGCAGCAGCAAAUGAAACUGCAGGAUUUGAAAUAAACUGUCCAGACUUUCAUUUUGACUUUCUAACAACUUUAUGAUUCAUUUGUUGGGUCUCUAUAAUCUAUUUUAUUCAUUAUCGUUAUUACUCUGUAUUUUAAUGAUUGUGUUGUGAUUGUUUUAUAUGUAUGUCCCCAGACCUUUAUGCAAUAUACAAGUGAGAGAAAAUAGCAGAUUUUUUUUUUUGUUUUUGUGAAAGGAUUUUGUUUUUACAAACUUACAUUUGUGGAUACAUCAAAUAAAUCCAGUAUUGUGUUCUAAACAUUUUUUAUGUAUUUUUUUCUUUUUUCAACAUCCCCAAAACAACAUCAAUAUCAGUCAAAGUUUGGAGUGUCAGACAAAAGCCAAUAUUGUACAUCAUCCCACAGAGAUUUACUUUGCAUACAUUCUUAAAAUAAACUGUUUAUUGUGUUUCCCAAUCACAGAACCAAC